AUGGCGUUCUCUGAACAUGCUGUUGACUACUAUGGCGAUCAUAUUUUCACGACUGUCACAGCAUCAGCUUCUGUUGUUGAUAAAUGGAUGGACUAUUUUCCUCAAUCUCUGAUUGAUUUUCUUGGCUACAAGAGAUUCACUUUUGUUGGGAAAGAGGUGAUGAACGAUGCGCAUAAACUUAAGAAUGAUUAUGGACUGGUUGUAGGGCAUUGUGAGGAUGUUGCACAUUGGGCUGCAGCAAACUACGGUGGUGAGGAGGAUUAUAGGAGGUUUGGAUUAAAGCGUUUAGUGCUUAAAUAUUUGAAGAAAGAGUUAGAGAAACCGCUUAAAAUAACAUUAAGUCGAUGGGAGUUUAAGAAGCUUAGCUAUCAACAAAUGAAGUAUGCUUGCCUGGAUGCUUUUUUCUCCAUUAAGCUUGGGGAAUUUCUUAGCAAGGCUACUUAG